AUGGCUGGGCCUGUGGCAUCCGGCGGCCGGGCUGUGCUGCUGCGGCCGCUGCGGAGCUGGGCUUUCCGGGCGCUGCGCCGCGAUGGGCCCGGGAGCCCCGCUUCCUGCCCAGGGUCGCGAGGGGCGCAGCGUUGGGCCUGGCCUCGGGAUAAAGAUAGAGAAAAUGAAAAAGAGAAAAAAUCAGUGAUCUGUGUUGAGGGCAAUAUUGCCAGUGGGAAGACAACAUGCCUGGAGUUCUUCUCCAACUCAGCAGACAUCGAGGUAUUAACAGAGCCUGUGCCCAAGUGGAGAAACGUCCGAGGCCAUAAUCCUCUGGGUCUGAUGUACCGGGAUGCCUGUCGAUGGGGCCUCACGCUGCAGACGUACGUGCAGCUCACCAUGCUCGACCAGCACACUCGUCCGCAGAUGUUGCCUGUACGGUUGAUGGAGCGGUCAAUUCACAGUGCAAGAUACGUUUUUGUAGAAAACUUGUACAGAAGUGGGAAAAUGCCCGAAGUGGACUAUGUGGUCCUGUCGGAAUGGUUUGACUGGAUUGUGAGCAACAUCGACGUGUCCAUUGACUUGAUAGUUUAUCUCCGGACCACUCCUGAGACCUGUUACCGGAGGCUGAAGAUGAGGUGCAGGGAAGAGGAGAAGGUCAUCCCACUGGACUACCUGGAUGCUAUUCACCACCUGUACGAGGAGUGGCUCAUCAAAGGGAGCCUUUUCCCCGUGGCAGCCCCCGUUCUGGUGAUCGAGGCCGACCACAACAUGCAGAAAAUGUUAGAACUCUUUGAAAAAAACCGGCACCGAAUCCUAACUCUGGAGAAUCGGAAGCGUGGUCCAUAGGAUAGGAGAGAUCAUGCCCGAGAAAUGCCUGCUGCCACCAAGUUAGCUAUUAGGAGCAGUUUGGAAAACUCCACUCUCAGGAGGGCUUUGUAUCUGCCCACAGUUGUCUUCGUCCUGGCCUUCUCUCCUUUCCCAGUGUCUUCAUCCUGGGAUCCUGGGCCUCGUGGGUAAAUGGGACCAAUGGGUUUGCCAUGCCCUCUGGUGGCACAGCCUUGCAUUCCCCGGGUGCGUCUCCUGGUGGUUUCCCACCGCUGGGUCCUUCUAGGCUAGGGAAGUUCCGCCUGACUUGUGCUGGGCUCAUGGUCUCUAGCCCUUCAGGCCAUCCCGGAGGGUGAAGUAGUGGUCUUCCAUCCCAGGGGAGGAAGUUGAAGCUCAGACAGACUAAGAGGCUCCCCGGGGCCACACAGCCAGUGACAGUGGAGUCAGCACCGUUCAGACUCCUGUGACUCCCAGCCCAGCUCUUGCCCCAGGCUGCCUCACCCCAGAGCCCCGCCUUGCCUACUGGGGACCCUCAGACACGCGAGGGGAGGGCUAGCUGUGUGUGCAGCUGGCAUCAUCACUUUCUCAUGCUUUGAGCUGUCCUUGAGGGCAGUUGGCGUUUCUUGACUUUCACAAAAUUGUGCCAUGUUUGGCUUGAGCCCAGGGUUCAUCCGUUCUCUAGCGUGAGGCUGAUAUGGUACUUACCACCUCGUCAGGGCUUCCCCGACUUAGGAGAGGUAUGCACUGGCUCCUGAAUGGUGCUUGGUCUCCUUGGUGACAGAGGUCAUGCUUGAGCGGCUGCUGAUGACCUGUCAGGGCAGUGGCUUGUGGCCCCCGGGCUGGUGUGCCCAGUGUCACGCUGGGGCAAGGGGCUUCCAGCCUGGCUUCUGAGGCUCCCUCCCUCCUUAGUGGCUUGCAUGAUGAGCUUCACCUUUGGAGUUUCUCUGAGUUUGUGGCCCAGGGGAGUGACACCAGUGGCCUUAAGUCUUUUUGAAAUGUUUUUCCAUCCAAGGGGACAUCGCGGGCCACAGACUGUGAACCAUCUUUAUUAGCUCAGACUGUCUUAGCUGUGUUCAGCUGUAACAGUGCAUCAAAGGCACAGCUGUCUCCUGAGUCAAGUAGCAGCAAGAGACAGGAAGAAUAUUCUCUCCGAGGACAAUCUGGACGGGAAGGAUGGGGCUUGCAAGCAAAGGCUCUUGGAGCACUGGAGCUCCUGAACUUCGGAGGUGGCUGGAGAGAGCUUCCAGAGGCCGUGUGCGGACGUGGGGGUGCGGAUUGAUCAUGAACUUGGGGGAACAGGCCUCGGCCUCUCCUGAGUGGUGGUCGGUGUGCCUGAAGGUUGGAAGGCCUCGUCUUGACCUCCAUGUGAGUGAGGCACGUGUGCACGCAACUCACUGAUGUAAGUUGGUGACAGGUGCCCCUGGUGGCCCGGGCCCAGAGGCAGCGCUCGGAGGGCAGCACUCUGCCUCCUGGCCCUUCGUGGAGGGACCAGUCCUGGGCCAGUUGCACAGGCGGGGAUGCGUCUCAGCCUAGACGCCAGUGAUGGACCAGCAGGAACCACGGCCGCUGCUACCAGCCACCUGGACAUGCCGGGACCAGCUUUGGGACUUUGCAGACGAAUGGUCCAGUUUUCCCCACAGCUCAAUUUGAGCAUCUGUACUGGGGGGAAA